AUGAUUUCAAUCGCAACAUCAACAGUAAGAGAUUCCAGUUUGAAAAAAGCAGCACAAAAAAAGAAGAAAAUGACUGAAGAACAUGGACAAUCUGCAGGAAUAACGUGGAAGAAAAAAUUGGACACUUGUGACUAUGACGAAUGGUAUAAAACGCACGCCGAUGUAUGUAAAGCGAAUCACGAAGGAUCAUCAGGAAAAAUGGAAGUUGACGUAGUCAUCGAGAUGUUCCAUCGCUCAAAAGAUUUGCACGAUCUCAAAUAUUCAAGCUACAUCGCGGAUGGUGAUAGUAAAACAUUUAAAGGUAUUAUCGACUCUAAACCGUAUGAAGAUUUAGUAGUACAGAAGAAAGAAUGCAUCUCGCACAAGUGCUCGAAAUCUUGGUGCAAUUGGAAGAAGGCGCAAGAAGCAGACACCUUGGACACUUUCCGUCACAAGUCACCGCUUUCCGAAGAAGUUUACGAAGCUAUAAAACCUAUUUAUGAAGAUUUGAGUCGGGACGAGUUACUAAACCGUUGCCUGGACGGUUACACGCAGAAUAGUAACGAAAGUUUUAAUGCGACAGUGUGGAAUUUGGCUCCUAAAUCGUACUCAAGCGGCAAGACAGUCCUAAAUGUAGCGGCGGAUAUCGCUACAUGCGUCUUUAAUGAUGGAAUGACUAGUAUUAUACACAUUAUGCAGCUUCUGGAAAUGGAAAUUGGUGGCCAAGCAUAUAAUUUGUGCAUCGAAUCCGACGCAAAACGAAUCACGCACACAGAGGCGCAAUUAUCAGAUGCGGCAAAAAAGGCGCGCUCUAGCAUAACAUCUGCGAGGAAAGAAAUGGAGGACGAAUAUUCUAACUUAGAAGGGCAGCUUUACGGUGCUGGGAUUGCAGACUAAUGGUUCAAAUUUCCAACGGCUACACUGCUUGCCGCGGACCUCUUUAUUUUAAAGGCGCAUCGGGAAUAUGGCUGCCAUUUCGCCAUUUUGUAAUAUUUUUUUAUGAAAAAAUGUUUACAAGUACUUCAAUAUAUGCUUAUUAACUUCACGGAAUAUUAAUACUUUAU